CUAGUUUCGAUUUGAACGCUGAACGCCCAUAUAACAUUCCCUCCCCACUCCACAGUCGGUUCAUGUCAAUGUGCAAUGGCUAUAGUUAUUCUGUUUCUCGAAGUAAUAGCAGUGCUGUCGGUGGGAGCUGAAGGGGCGUCGUGUGACGAGUGCUGGGCGACUUACGAUGCUGCCACCAAAACAUGCACUGUUGCCUAUGCCUUCAUUACUUGUAUGGAGGAUGCCGUAAAUCCCGGAUGUCCAACAUCGGGUCUCAACAUGGCUUCGUUUAUUGGACAAAUUGGAGGCUGUUCUCAGACCGCCCUGUGUACCUGUCAAAAAGACCACCUCCUUCGGUGGUCCCAGGGUACACCCAGUCUAUGCGAGAGUGAGAAGCAGAAACUUGGAUGUAUUGGUGGAGUGACAGAUGCGGCGUGCGACACCACUACCAAAGGCCACACUGUAGCCACUUCCACAGAAACAGACAUCAAUGCUAUUGGAGGCUGUGCAGCAGCGUUCACGGACACGUGUCAGUGUGAGAAGACUUACGCCCUCGCGGAUAUCUCCGUCACGGCCACCAGAUGCACUGUAAAGAAAACGUUUGUGGAUUGCCUCAAAGGCAAAACUGGUCCCACUUGUAGGGAGAGUGAAACAGUUAUCUCCCUUGCAACAACUGUUGGUAGUACCAUCGGAACUGAUUGUACAGGUUUCACUUCCUCAGCCUGUUCCUGUGAGCUGGAGUAUGCCAAGGCUGACAUAUCCUCGGAGGCAAAUAGAUGCACCGCUCAACUGAAUCUGGUAUCCUGCCUGAAGGGUAAGACGGGUGCAGGAUGUAUAGGGGGCACCACCCACUCCCUGGCCACCACCGCCUUCGACACCACCAUCCCUGCUAUCGGCUCAUGUGCUAAAACUGAUACCUGUACAUGCGAGGCCACGUAUGCGAAGACUGACAUCUCAUCUGACCAUUGCAGUGCGAUGAAGACCUUUGUGAACUGCCUGAAAGACAAAACAGCAGCUACUUGCAAAAGUGGCGACACAGUCAUAAGCCUCGCAGCUGCUAUUGAAACUCCCAUCGGGACUGGGUGUACAGAUUUUGCUACAUCAGCUUGUUCCUGUGAGUUGGGGUAUGCCAAGGCUGAUGUGUCCUCACCGGCCGCCAGAUGCACGGCUCAACUGAAUCUGGUAUCCUGCCUGAAGGGGAAGACAGGUGCUGGGUGUAGUGCUGGCACAGCCAGCACCUUGGCCACCACCGCCGUCGACACCACCAUCCCUGCUAUCGGCUCAUGUGCUCUGACGGACACCUGUACAUGCGAGGCUAACUACGCCAAGGCUGACAUUUCAUCCGAUGCUAAUCACUGCACAGCACUUGGGACAUUUGUGUCGUGUCUGAAGACAAAGACUGAUCCUGGCUGCAUGGGCACGUCAGUGACGGCUCUCGGUCUUUCCACAGAGACAGCAUACGGUAGCCUGACAUCUCAGUGCGCUAUUACCACCAAAACGUGUGGCUGUGAAGUUGCCUAUGUCAAGAUGCCAUACUCUUCAGAUGGCGAGAAGUGCACAGCUGAGAUGACUCUCGUGUCGUGUCUCAAAGGUAAAGAGCCCGCAGAUAUGAGUUGUGAUGGUGCAUCCACUUCUAUUGCCCUGGCAACUGCAGCAGGGGGACGAUUUGGCACAAUUACGUCUUGUUCUCCAACUGACACAUGCACGGCUUGCGAGCUGGGGUAUGCUAAGGCUACCAUCAACGAUCCUACAAACAAGUGCUCGGCUUUGGCAGCAUAUAUAGGAUGUCUGCGAACAAAAACAGCGGCUGGCUGUGUGAGCACCGACACUGUGCCCACCUUAGCGACAACAGCUGAAACGGAUUUCAAGGCCACCAGCUGCACUGUAACACCCAGGUGUCAGUGUGAGAUUGACUAUGCCAAAGCAACCAGAACGUCGGACGCCGAUAAAUGCACUGCUCUAGUGGCAGCGUUGUUGUGUCUGAAGGGGAAGACGACUACUGGCUGUAAUGUGGCAACAGUGGACGGGCUGGACGUCCAGUGGAAGAAGGAUAUGGAUACAAUCGGUACAACAAACUGCGCUCAAUCUGAUACAUGCGUCUGUGAGGUAGCCUACGCAAAGUCUGAUUUGUCCGAUCUGCAAAAGAAGUGCGAUGCGUGGCUAGUAGAGUUAGGCUGUCUAAGAACAACAACUGCUGUAGGUUGUGACGGAUCCUCAACAAAAGCGGAGAUCGACACAGCAAUCAAAACAAAAAUGAACGCUGCAACACCGGCUGGCGGUGCAACUAGCGACAAAUGUACUACCAAUCCAGUUUGCCUAUGUGAAAUCGCUUACGCUGUUGCCCUCAAAGAUACCGAUGCAAACAAAUGCACCGCUUUGAAAACCUACGUGUCAUGUUUGGCUGGCGAGACAGUCAGUGGUUGUGACGGCGCUACAAAGCCAUGGACCUUGGCCGCAGUUGCUAAGGCUUCCCUUGACGAUAUCGGUACCACUAACUGUCCUUUGACUACAACGUGUUUAUGUGAAAUAGACUAUGCAUCGACUGUCAUCGACGAUGACACUAAAAAGUGCAGCGCUCUGAAGACCAACUUGGACUGUGUUAUAAAGUCAUCAACUGCAUCGUGUGAUGGAACGGCUCGUCACACCUAUGCCGGUAGUAUUAAGAGCGCUAUGGAUGGUACAAUAGGCUGCCCUGCCACUUAUGCAAGUGCCGGAAUUUGUAAAGAUUGUGUGAUUCCUUUUGCCCCAGCAGCAACAACAUGCACUACACUAGGGACUUAUUACCAGUGCCUGUACGAUACGACAGAUACUACCGGAUGCGGGGGUUCUAAGACCAUCAAAACACUGGUUGAGGACCAGGCAACGCAUGAAACAGAUUUAACGUGCACCCUUGAAGACGUGUGCCAAUGUCAGGUCAACUUCAUGAAGUCGUCAUCUGUCCUGUGCGAUUCUCUGAAAGUAGUGAUGAACUGCCUUUGGGCGUGCUCCUCUACAGCCUGUGAUGGAACUGCCAAGAGACACAGCGUGGCCACAACAGCUAAUGCUAAAAUAGAUCCAACUUGUACAGGCUCAUUGUCUGAGGUUUGCAAGUGCCAAAUCGCUUACACAAUAGUUGACCCGACCACCGACCACUGUGGGGAGUUAAAGAAACAGUUUGCAUGUCUGGAGGGGAAAACUGGAACAGGUUGUGAAACGAGUAGAACCCUGAAACUGGUGGCUGAAGGAGGGAAUACAAAGUUUGGGACCGAUUCUUGUGCUGCAGGAGCAACAGCCACUUGUCAAUGCCAGAUAGCGUAUUUGAUCGCCGAUGUCACUGGAGCCAACAAGUGCACAGAGACGGAGAAGAAGAUAGCCUGUUUGUAUGCAACAACAACAGCGAGCUGUGAUGCCGCCGUCCCGAGAACGACCAUCAUGUCCAACACAGACAACACUUGCAGUAAAACAAGUAGCUGUUCCUGCCAGAGAGCAUACGGUAUUGACACAACCAGCGCCGACGAGUGCACCGCCCAAAAAGGCGUGGUUACAUGUCUGAGGUCGACAACUGACACGGGAUGUACAGGAGAGGCUGCUUUCACCAAGACAAGAACUCAACUCGGCACAGAUCUAGAGACGUAUCUUACAUCAUCAUGUUCUUCGGGCUUGACUGACACCUGUCAGUGCCAGAUUGAGUACGCCAAGGCAUCAAUGGAACCGGCAGUCAGCUUAUGCAUGUCGCUUGGGGAACUAAUUUCAUGUUUGGCGGGCAAGACUGCACUGGCUUGUGAUGGAAGUAUGAUACCUUCUGUGCUUACGACAAAUGUACAAACAGACCAGCAAACUACCUGCAACAAGACAUCUGCCCCGACGGAUGUGCACUGCUCCAGUAGUACAGACUCGAGUUUACAGCUACAGUGGACAGACAGGCAACAGGCCACAGUGUACUAUGUGGUGGAGAUCGGUCGAGGCGGAGGUACAGACUGGCAACAAGUGAACGUUAGCCUCACGACAACUGACAAUCAACAGUCAGCAUGGAUAGACAAUCUUCAGCCACAGAGUGUAUAUUUUUUCCGUAUCCAUGCAAAGGGAACGCACUUUGCGAGCGAGAUGGUAACGAUUAAUUGUCUACUAUCAAGAACAGUUGGUAUGAGUGAUGGAGCUAUCAUUGCCAUUGUGCUUGCUGUUGUCCUAGCAGUUUUACUACUUAUAGCUGGAAUCUAUGUCUACCGGAGGAGGCACUCCAUUUGCAAACAAGAUGAGAUUCCACGAGAACAUCUACAGAUGGGAACACAACCCACGCCAGCUGAGGCUGCUGUAAACCCUGUCCAUCAAGCACUUGCAGAUUCUGAUGGGUCGCCUGGCGACAACCACUACGCAACAGUACAAACUCAAGGUGAAAACGACUAUGAAGAAACUUCGUACGCGCACGUGGUUCACUUGAACAGCCCAAUGUGACUGUGGGAGAAACGGCAGCAGAUUUUAUAUGUUUGGUUGUUCGUUAAAUUUCUUUUGUUCGUUUGUUGUUUAACGCAGCACUCAGCAAUGUGCCAGAUAUAUGACGGCAGUCUGUAAAUAAUCAAGUCUGGACCAGACAAUCCGGUGAUCGGAGCAUCGAUUGAAGUUUUGGGGACAUGAUGACAUGCAACCAACACAAAACUCAUUAGUCGCCUCUUGCAACAAGUAUAGUCGCUUCUUGCAACGAGCAUAGUCGUCUCUUGCAACAAGCAUGGCUUGCUGAAGUCCAAUUCCAACCCGGAUCGGUUGUUGGUUUAAUGGUUCCAGUCAGAGCUAGCGAAGCUACACCACGAUGUCCUGUAUAUAAUCGAUCAACAUUCAUAUAUUGCAUUAGUACAAACUUAACAUUCACAUAAACUAUUCCCAUCAGACACAUUCUAUCAUGUUUAGUGUUGGUCACUUAUAAACUGAAAAACAAAACAAACUUUACGCCUUAGUUGAAUGUAUCAUGUACUUUGAUUUUCAAUUGAAAAUAUAUUAUUAUGAUAAUUGCGAUUACAGUUCAUAAACUGAGGUGCAUAAAAACUACAUGUACACCUCUCUGUUGAUUGUAUUAUAUGUUUGAUGUUUAAUUGAAAAUAUCUUAAAUUUGCGAUAUUAUACCCACAAAUUGAACUGUACUGGUGCUUAGUCAGAAAUCAAAGAAUACUUCGUCAAGGUUUUAUUUUAAAACAUAUCAUUUGAUUUAAGACUUUUAUAUAUUUUAUUCUCAUUUGCAAAAUACACAACUGCUGACGGCUAUCUCUGAAUUAUUAUCUUUAAACAUCAAUCAAAUUUCUUUUUUCAGCACAAAUUUAAAACAUUUCAAACCUCAUAGGGGUUAUGUGGUUUACAAAUUCAUUUCUUACCUCAGUCUUCAUUAAACCAACUUAUUUUUAUACAAGAUUACCCAGCCACAGGUUACCUUGUACAAACUGUUGCAGGAAUGAGUGGUGGUUAAAUAAACAUACUCAUAUUUAACAACAUUUCAUUCAAUUUUCAAUUACAUACAUGUAAAGACUAUUUAGUCUUUCUUUUACCCCUAGUUUAUGUCACUUGGUAAUUCACCCGAGAGUAAAUUGCAUGUUACACAAAAUCUACAAAAAGACAACUCCUUCACAUUUGUACACCUGUUUGCGUCUUGCUACCAUCUUAGCAAUAGCAUUUACAAACCAAACCAGGCUAAGCAGAUAUGUUUGAAAGUCUGAGGAUAAUGCCUGUCGAUUGGCCCAUCACCUGAUUGUCUGGUGUGUUCACAGGCCGCCGUGGCAGCACUGCUGCUGUACGGCUUCAGGCAAAAAACACAUACUUUUUUUGCAACCUGUGUAAGUGGUGGCUGCUACCAUAAGGGCAGGACAUGCUUACCCUUUUCGCGAACACCUUGUGUCACCGCUGAUUUUCAGUGAUUCAUUCAUAUAAUUAAUCAUUAUUUUGCCUUUAACGCCCUAUGGAAUGGGGAAUGUCAGAUAUUCGGAUUUAUUCUCUGACGUUGGCAUUUGGAAUCUAGUGCACCUGUAAGAAUUCACAAAGUUCUACAGAUGUUAAUUACAUCAAACCCAAUGAAAACAAAUGGCGGAAGAUCCUUCACGAUGAUUGUUUAUGCUGCAGUGGUAUCAUAAUAUUAUUAGAUGUUCAACAAUCCUGGACCGAAUAUGUGAAUUUGUAAAUAUUAUUUUACCCUUCCACUAAGCGUGCAAUAAACUCUUGGAUUCAUUAUG